GCUUGGUUUGUGUAGCAUGAAUGUUCAAAGACCAAAUGUCUUCAUGGUAUCAGAGCUUCAGGUUCUGCCAUAGCUCUCUUCUUUGUUUUUCAUUAAAUCUAUAAUUCAUGCUUGUCCUGGUAAUGUACCUGUGUAGUUAAAAACAUUGAUUUUUAGUGAAUCUGCAAGCUUAGCUAUUUCUGUGAUAGUAUACCUUUAAUUAAGACUACUAAUGAGCCAACCAGUCCACUCUACCUACAUCCUUCAGAUGGAAGUCAUUCCAUUUCUGUUGAGAAACUCCAAGGCUCAUCUAACUACAGAGCCUGGAGUAGAUCCAUGCAUGGAGAGAGAUCUCCCUAGCUUCAAAAAGGAAGCUUGGGUUUGUUACAGUGCUGAUUAAAAGAGAUAUUGUAGACACUGUCAAACAAGACCAUUGGGAUACUUGCAACAACAUGAUCAUAUCAUGGAUCAUGGGUUCAGUUUCAGACUCUGUGAAAAAAUCUAUCAUGUAUGUGACUGACUGUUCUGUCAUAUGGAAACAAUUGCAACAAAGGUAUACUGUGUCUAAUGGCUCAAGAAAAUAUAAAAUUAGUAAACAAAUCUAUGAAACAAGGCAAAAUGGAAAGUUGAUCACUGAAUACUACACUGAGAUGAGAGGAUUGUGGGAGGAGCUAGAAUCCCUGAGCAGUAUGCCCCCUAUUACAAGCAUGACCACAGAAAUCUCAGCUUUUGUUGAUGCCUUGAACCAAGUAACCAACAACUGGAAGAACAAAGACUGUUCCAGUUUUUGAAUGGGCUUGAUAAUGUCUUUGGAGCCCAAAGAAGCCAACUGUUGAUGAUGAACCCACUUCCAAGUGUGGAUACUGCUUGUGGUUGCCAUAGUACUUUGAUCAGUGUAGGAUCCCUAGUUGAACACGAUGGUGAUGAUACAUUGUUUUUUAUGCAGGUUUGGAGCAAUGAUAAGUACGAGAGUGUAGAGCAUAGAGUGAAAGUGAAUCCUGAGAAGGAGAGAUUAUCUAUUCCAUUCUUCUUUAAUCCGUCACACUAUGUUAUGGUCAAGCCUUUGAACGAACUGAUAGACAAGCAGAAUCCUGCUAAAUACAGAGAAUAUAACUAUGGGAAGUUCUAUGCUACUAGAAGGCUCAGCAGCGACUUCAAAAAGCUAAAUGUUGAAAAUGUCUAAGUUCUUCAUUUCAGAAUACAAGAGUAAUUUAAGGGUCAGUUGUCUAAAUGCAAAUUAUGCCACAAUUUGUGGUGUGGAAGGACACUUUCCGAAACUUCUGGUUGAAAAGUCUGCUUGUUUCAGUAAGAACAUAGCUUUCCCCAACAAAAAGUUAUGAAUCCUCGACUUUGUAGUCAUUGUCUGUCAAUUAUGCAUCUGUGUUGAAUGAAUAUGAAGACUUUUAUUUAUUUAUUCUUGCAAUUAUGUUGUUGCCAUAUCCUUGAGGCUGUUGACACUGUCAACUCAGGGAUAACAAAAAUCUGAUGCCAGAAAUCAUCUACAUUUCUGACCACAUAUAAGGCCACCUUAUCAUCAAACUCUUUAACAGUUUAAACACUUCUGCUCCUCUUAAUUGUCUAGCAUACACUAACCAUUUCUUUUACAGACCCAGCCUGAAAUUUGACUGGUAAAUCCAUGGAGAAUACAAAGAGAUGUGCACAUUCGGUUACCUUCAUCCUGUUUCUUUUCUUCACAGCUAUUUCUGCAUCCACAGGAAAAAAUCAUCAGCAUUUUGUGCUAGUUCAUGGGUCUUGUUUAGGAGCAUGGUCUUGGUACAAACUAGUGCCACUACUAAAAUCAGCAGGAAAUAUGGUGACAGUGAUUGAUUUAGCUGCUUCUGGGAUCAACCUCGUGCAAGCUAGAGAUGUUCGGUCCUUCUCGGAUUACACACAACCAUUGACAGAUUUCAUGGAAGAUAUUCCCUCACAUAAGAGGGUGAUACUAGUUGGUCAUAGUUCAGGUGGUGCUGUAAUAUCCCAGGCGAUGGAACAUUUCCCGGAAAAGGUCUCUGUUGGUGUGUUUCUGACUGCUGGAAUGGCUGGUCCAUCCCUCAAUUAUUCUGUUAUUGCUCAAAAGACGAUGAGUAGAGUGGCUAAUGUUCUGGACAAUAAAUUUACAUAUGGUAACGGUCCCAAUAAUCCUCCAACAACCUUUAUAUUUGGCCCCAAGUUUCUGUCACAAGUAGUUUUUCAAUAUAGUCCACCUGAGGAUGCAGCACUUGCAACAGCGUUGGUGAGACCAAGACCGCUAGUCAGUGCAGGAGGUUUGGUCCUUUCGAAAGCAAAAUAUGGUUCAGUUAACAGAGUUUUCAUUAUUGCUGAGGAAGACAAGAUUGUGACAGAAGAUGUUGUGAAUUUAAUGAUUGAGAAAAACCCUCCAAACAAGAUUUAUAAAGUAAGAAGUUCCGAUCACAUGGUUAUGUUGUCUCAGCCUACACAAUUAUUCGCACAUUUACUUAGUAUUGCCCGAGAUUUUUCCUGAAUGUUUAUUUCCUCGGCAUUAGUAGUUACAGCAUCAGAGAAGUGGCAAAGAUGCUGAUAGAAGUCUUAUCAGUUAUACCCUUUACUUUGUCAGAGAAUGUUCAAAGUUUCUUUGCAACAGUAAAUAAUCUGUAAGAUUUUUUCAGACAUGAUCUGUUUUUGAACCUGUUUUGUUUAUGAUAGUAGUCAAAUACGAGGUAUGAACCAAAGAUCUUUAUGUUUACAGUUCAACAUCAGUAUCUUCGCUUUAUUAGGGAUUAUCUUAUAGCUAUAAAGCUGUACUAUUACUUUCAAUGUAUUUAUAUAUCAUGUUGAUAAAACGAGUCAAAGUAACCUUGCAUCA